AUGUUCCCCGUUCCGAACAUAAACGGUGCCCUAAGCCAACUCCAGCGCGAUCCCGACGCGGUCAUCCGCAAAGCGCGCGAAGGCGGUAUCGCCGAGGUCGUAGCCAUCGUCAACACCCUCCAAAGCAACCCACGUCUCCAAAAGCUCGAUGUCGCGCGCAUGUUCCUCCACCACCUGCGCGGUGAAGCCGCACCGGACCCAUCCAAACCCGCUGCGCCCGGCUCACCAGCAACCAAACUCGCGAACCUCGCCAUUCACUCUUGCAUGGGAUUGGGCAACCUUCUCGGCGCGCGUAUCGACCCCGUUGACGAACGCUUCAUCAUGAAAAGCAUCUACGAAGCCUGGGGCGGCAUCUAUCCCUGGAUCAUCUUCUUCUACACGCUCAACACCAAUCCUGCUUUCGCAACGCCCGAGAAGCGGUGGAACACGCUCGAGUACCUGCUAUACAUGCUCUACUCGAUCUGCAAAGACGACCAGAUCCAGCUCAUGGUAUCCAAUACGGACGGCAUCGUUCCCAUGGUCUCCAAACUCUGGAAGAUGGAGUCAGAGUUGGCCGAAAACAAGAUCCAAGGCGCCUUACCGAUCCCGUCCGCCGCGGCAUCAUUACACCACGUACUCUACAACGUCGGCAAAGAGCACCUCCCCGAGGUAAUCGAACACGCCGGCUCGGGCAAAGUCUCCUUCGUAGCCGACAAAGCGCUCUCCAACCUCCGUCUCGCCACGAAAAAGGGCAAAGCAUCACACAUGCACGUCCACGUCGAUGUCCUAAUCGCAAUGACGAUCGUCAACGAGAACCCGCUCCAACGCGCCAUGCUCAAGCGCCGCGCUAUGGAAGCUGUCACGGACGCGCUGCUCAAGCUCAGCAAGAUGCAUCCGAGCGAGAUGGGUGUUCCGGAGGGGAUUAUUGCGUGUUUUGGGUUCGUGAGGAAUAUGAUCGAGGCGGGUGAUGGGACGACGUAUGUUCGGCAAGCCGUCGAACACGGGCUGCUCGAGGCGUUCGUGAACGUCAGCCCGUUCGUCGCGAUGGUCGACCCGGAGGCGCAAGGACUCGUCAAGCGGUUGAUCGAGGAUAUCAUUCCGCGGUAUCUGGUGUAUAGGAGCGUUAUCGUUGCGGUGAAGCAGAGUAUGGAUAAGAUUGAUGCGGCACCGGAGAAUAAGAGGAGGGUGCAGCAGAGCAUUAUGAAGGUUGGGUGGAAGAAGACGAAGGAUCUGGCUGCGGAGAGGAGUUAUGUGCAGGAGAGGUCGGAGGAGGAAGGGACGAUGAAGUACUGCGAUAACUGCAAGAAGAGCUCUGGCAAAGACGCGUUCAGGAAAUGUAGUGGUUGCCAUAUGACGUACUACUGUUCAAAGGAGUGCCAAGUUACUGCAUGGAAGGAGAAAGGCCACAAAAACGAGUGCAAGCUCAAGGGCGAAGAGUACGAGCGCUUACGAGAAGGAGCCAUCUCCAAAUCCGACCGCAGAUUCCACCACACAAUCGCAAUCCAAGAAUCCGUCCGCCGAUCCUCUCACCUCCGCCAACUCGCCGCACGCACCUUCCCCACCACACCCCUGCACGACCUCGGCGUCAAAAUCGACUUCACACAAGUCCCCGCCACAUUCUCGCUGUUCAAGCUCUCCGGCCACGAAGCCGAACUAUCCGCGCAGAUCAACCCGAACUUGCCCGAACACGACAGGCGCGUGGGGGAGGCGAGGAUCGAGGGGCUGGUGAGGAGGGCACAGGAGAACGCUGGUGAGAUGACGUAUAUUGAGAGUAUGAUCAGUGCGGGGAGGGAGAAUGUUAUGGUGGUUAGUCUUUCAAAUAGGAGUGUGUUUGAGGAGGAUGUGCCGGUUGGGUGGAGCUGGGGGUCUAUGGAGGGGGCGGAGGGAGAGCAGGAGGAUGAUAGGGAGAGCGAGGAGGAUGAAGAGGACGAGAAGCAGGUUGCGGGGUGGAGUCAGAGUAUUGUGGGGACUAUGAAGUCCGUGUUGGGGUAUUGA